AAAAUGAGUGGUGUGCCAAUAAUUGCUACGCGAAGACUGCAAAGGGAUUUACUACAUUUGAAAAAGGAACCGAUCCCAUUCGCUCGAGCUCUUCCUCUUUCUUCAAAUAUUCUUGAAUGGCAUUUCGUAAUUGAAGGCGUUCCAUCGACACCUUACGAAGGUGGCUUUUAUCAUGGGAAAUUGCUAUUCCCGCCAGAUUAUCCAUUUAAACCUCCUUCUAUUUAUAUGAUAACUCCAUCAGGAAGGUUUCAAACUAAUACUCGUUUAUGUUUAUCAAUCUCAGACUUCCAUCCUGAUCUGUGGAAUCCAGCCUGGACGGUUUCAUCUAUUAUAAUCGGGAUAGUAUCGUUUAUGAACGAAUCAGCUCCAACGUUAGGUAGUAUAACGACGACUGAAGUCGAAAAACGUGUCUUGGCUAGGCAAUCACGGUCAUUUAAUCUUAAAGAUCGACUCUUUUGCGAGUUAUUUAAUGAUUUAGCGGAAGAAUUUCGGCAACAAUUGAAAGAAGAAAGAAAACUGGGAAAGAAUAUUUAUGCAUUAUUUAUUUUAGGCUCAUUUCAAAUUGGCAGAUGA